UCCGGAAACUACAACGUCACAGCGGAAAUGACGCAGUUCAAAGAUGGCGGCGCAGGUGGAUUUGUGUUGUUUGGAAACUUUCCCCUCGUAUCUGAGUCCUCUGGACGUUCUGAUUCUCCAAACGCAACUGGACUCGGUUUUCCGGAAUGACACCGACCCCCCGACCGUCCUCUUCACCCCGCACGGGCCUCCGGGCUCCGGCACGCCGGGCAUACUACUGCGCGUCCACCCGACCACCGAGGAGGAGAUCGCGGACCGGGAAGCGGGAGACUCCCUCGGAACCGGGUCCGCCGGCCGGGUCCGGGUGUUCACCAGCCGCUUCUUCCUGCGGCACCACGGACUCCCCGGCGGGGGCGCGGGGACCGUCCGGGCUCUGGAGCCGCUCCCCCUGCGGAGACUGGUGCUGGGAGCCCGCAGCAGGCAGAGCCUCCACUGGGCCGCGGCCGAGCACUUCACCGCCGGGCUGCUGGAGCUCUGCCGCCCGGGACAGUGGCUGCUGGCCCGGCAGGGAGACCCGCUGCUGCUGCCCCGACACCCGCUGCUGGGAGAGGACCCGGGACAGGUGGAGCAGCAGCUGAUGGAGCUGCUGGUGUUGGAGUGCAGUCCUGUAACGCAGGGACGGAUCACCCCCGACACCGCUCUGGUCCUGACGGACUGCUUGGAGCCCGCGGACCCCCCGGCGGCCCCCCCGGCCUGCAGGCCGCUCGCGCUGUGCGUGUCGGACUUCGCCCACUACGCCGACGGUCUCGGCGGGGGCCGUUCCCUCCUCGACAACAGGAAGCUGUUGGGCUCGGGCCUCUGUGGCUUCCUGCAGGCGCUGGAGUGCAGGGUGGACGUGCGGGUGGUGGACGCCCGGCGGUGGCUCGGGGUCAAAGGUCGGCAGGGGGCCCCCGCGGACCCGGACUCCUGCGUGUUUGUGAGCAAACAGCUGCUGCUGCGGCUGGGGCUGUUCAACCAGGAGUGGGUGACGCUGUCGAGGCCGGGCGGGUCCCCCAGAGCCCCCGCGGGUCACGGCGACGCCCCCACCGGAGGCGGCGGACAGCGGCUGGUCUCCGUGCUGGUCGUGGAUCUGGCGCAGAGUCCGGAGCUGCAGCAUCACGGCGAAGUCGGCUUCAUAUCCGCCACCCUGUGGUUCAACAUGACGGAGGGCGACGUGGUGCCCGUGGGCGGCUGCACGCUGAGGAUGAAGAGGUGGAGGCCGCCCGGCCCCCGGCGCUCCGACAGCUACAGCCGCUCUCCUUCGCCGGCGUUCGCCAGCGAGCUUCACAUCCAGCCGCUCGCGUCUCCGCUGUACAACCACCUCGGCUGCUGCGACGAGCUGCUGUCGGAACACUUCCGCGCGCCCAGACUGGUUUCACAGGGAGACGUCCUGGCCGUUCCAGCUGAAAAGCACCCGGACCUGCUGGAGAACAACGGCGAGGGGAUACACCGGUGUCCAGUGCUGUUCUUCAGAGUGCAGAAGGUUUGUCCGUCGCCGGACGGAGGAGAAGGAGGAGGAGCUCACCUGGCUGACAGACUGCACACUUCACUCUACAUGCAAGCGUCGACCAGCAGCGCCGUCCCCUGCCUCUCUGUGGACGGUUCGUCUCUGUGGAGCAGCUUGUCUCCGCCGGGCCUCGUCAAGACGGUGGAGGUCCUCAGCAGCAUCAUCCUCCCACACCUGCAGCACAGCAGCUCCUUGUCGGGCUGCACCGUCCUCCUGCACGGCCCGGCCGGAAGCGGCAAAGCGACGGCGGUCAGCGCGGCGAGUCGCAGGCUCAACCUCCACCUGCUGAAGGUGGACUGCGUGAGCGCGUGCGCCGACACCCACGCCGCCUCGGAGGCGCGGCUGAGCGCGGCGUUCCAGCGGGCCGAGGCGCUGCGUCCGUGCGUCCUGCUGCUCCGCAACCUGCAGCUCCUCCUCAGGCCUCGAGGCGACGCCAGGGAGGACGGCAGGGUCCAGGCCGCGCUCUGCCGGCUGCUCCACGGCGCCCCCGCCAGUGUGGCGGUGGUGGCGACGACCCGCAGACCCCGGGGACUGUCUGCCGGCGCCGUGGCGGCGUUUAUCCACCAGGUGGCGCUGGAGAGCCCCACCGAGGAGCAGCGGCGCUCCAUGCUGGUCAGCCUGAGCCGAGACCUUCACCUGGGGAGGGACGUGGACCUGGAGAGGCUCUCCAAGCUCACCGCGGGGUUUGUUUUGGGGGACCUGAGUGCUCUGCUAGCGGAGGCCGGUCGAGCUGCCUGCAGGAGGCUGAUUCACACUUGCGGCGGGCGGCAGGAGGAGGAUCUGUGCGCCAGCGGGGUGACGCUCCUGAACCAGGACCUCCGCUCCGCCCUGAAGACCCUGCAGGAGGCCCAGUCUGCCGCCAUCGGAGCCCCCAAGAUCCCUGAUGUGCGCUGGGAGGACGUCGGCGGUCUGCAGCAGGUGAAGAAGGAGAUCCUGGACACAGUUCAGCUCCCCCUGCAGCGUCCCGAGCUCCUCUCUCUGGGACUGAGCCGGACCGGCGUGCUGCUCUACGGGCCGCCGGGGACCGGGAAGACUCUGCUGGCCAAAGCCGUGGCCACCGAGUGCUCCAUGACCUUCCUCAGCGUCAAAGGUCCCGAGCUCAUCAACAUGUACGUGGGUCAGAGCGAAGAGAACAUCAGAGAAGUGUUCAGCAGAGCGCGCUCAGCGGCUCCGUGCGUCGUCUUCUUCGAUGAGCUGGACUCUCUGGCUCCCAGCAGGGGGCGCAGUGGAGACUCCGGAGGGGUGAUGGACAGAGUCGUGUCUCAGCUGCUCGCCGAGCUCGACGCUUUGCAGUCGGCCGUCGGCGUCUUUGUGAUCGGAGCCACGAACCGGCCGGACCUGCUCGACCAAUCGCUGCUGAGGCCUGGCAGGUUCGAUAAACUGGUUUACGUCGGAAUCAACGAGGACCGAGCGUCUCAGCUGCAGGUUCUCCAGGCCGUCCUCAGAAAGUUCCAGGUGGACUCGGCGGUGGACCUGCAGCAGGUGGUGGAUCGCUGCCCCGACCACAUGACCGGCGCCGACCUGUACGCCCUCUGUUCAGACGCCAUGACGGCCGCCAUCAAGAGGAAGAUCGUCCUCAUCGAGGACGGUCUGGACUCGGAGGACACUCCCGUCCUCGUCUCCGUGGAGGAUUUCUCUUCAGCGUUGGAGAACUUCAAGCCGUCCGUUUCGCACAAAGAGCUGCUGAGAUACAAAAACAUUCAACACAAACUCACCGCCAAGUAGAAACUGAUGAUGAAGCAGGAGGUUUAACGAAAAUGACCAGUGUAAAGUAUGUAAAUGAUGUAAACAAGAAGCUAUUUUAUCUAAUUUGUGAAAUGUAAUUUAUGAAUACAGAUGUUAAUGCUGA